GGGCUUAGGAUUUUAUUUUUCGUUUACACAGGGAAUCCAAGAAAGGAGACAGGCAAAGUGAGUCUCAAGGAUGAGAGCAGAGAAAAGCUCAAGAUAAGAGCUGUGCAGCCGGGUCAGGAAGUGAUCGGUCAAGGUCGGAACAGGAGAAUCAGUUAGACACAACGGAUGUGUUUGAGCCUUUGGAAAAUGGUAUUGUUAGGCAUGUGGCAAAAACGUUGGGGCACUUGAAAAAAAGGCUGGCCAUGGGUUAGUAAAAAGCUAGGUAUGUGAAAAUAUUAGGUAACUAUUAACUCAAAAGAAAAAAAAGAUUGUACAGGAAUUGUGGCAUGGUUUUAUACUGUAGCAGUGAACAGCAGGUACUCAAUCAUGAAGAGCUAAGCCUGAUUUCAUCACGACAGCUGUGAAAGUUGCAGGUACCAAAAUGGAACUACUUCCACCAAUCCCUAAACAAAUGGAGUCGGGAGGCCACGAAGGGGGAGCUCUCAUGCAGGAAUACCUGCAGCAGGCCUCCUCACAAGACGCUCCUGCACGUCCUGCACGUUUGCCUGUAACCGGACUUACUGCAGGGAAAUUCCUCAGGACUGCAGUAUUCUAGAUAAGCAGCUUGCACAAGGACGUCGGCCUGGUAAGGCUCUCUCCAACAACGAGCUAACGCCCACUCCUGCAGCAAGCGCCCACAGCCAGUGGUUUUUGUUACAAAACAACUUUCGUGAGCUCAUCUGUAUUUUCCCCUUCGCCCGGCCCUCUCAGAUAGGCCUAUGAUCUGUCAUGGCACGAACAGCCUAGGCUGCAACCCCCUGCAUUUCCCAGAUUAACUCACUUGUCCUGGAGAGCCUGCCUCUGGGUUUCCUUUCAGGUUGACAGUUUGGGAGCUAACAGGACCACGUGAGGGGUGCAGCGGGGAAGAUCAGCCAGGUUCUCAGGGACCUUCUCCGGAAGUACGCAAUGUCUACAAUUAAGAAAUGAGAGGCCGGGCGCGGUGGCUCACGCCUAUAAUCCCAGCACGUUGGGAGCCCUAGGAGGGCAGAUCACGAGGUCAGGAGUUCGAAAUCAGCCUGGCCAAAAUGGUGAAACCCCGUCUUGACUAAAAAUGCAAAAAUUAGCUGUGCGUGGUGGCGCAUGCAUGCCUGUAGUCCCAGCUGCUCGGGAGGCUGAAGCAAGAGAAUAGUUUAAGCCCUGGAGGCGGAGGUUGCAAUGAGCCGAGAUCGCGCCAUUGCACUCCAGCCUGGGCGACAGGGCGAGGCUCCGUCUCCAAAAAAAAAAAAAAAAGAAAGAAAGAAAUGAGAAACUAGCAGUACAUUGUUUAUAAACGCGGAGACUUCUCUCAGGAGAAAGCGAGAAGCAAGCGUCCAACUCUGGGGUGCAGAACCCGGGGCGGGAGGACGGGCCCGGACUGCCGUUUCUCGCUGUGUCCAGGUCUGCGUGACUCAAAACCUCGGAUAGGGCCCGCACUGGUGGAGUCGGAAAGAGGUGGCUGCGGCGCGGCAAGUGCCGCCAGUGCCAGCGAGCGCGACGUCGCUCCCAAGCCCCCGUCUCUAUGGCAACCGAGUGCGUCUCUGGGACCGCCACUGCGCAGGCGCCCGGAGGCUAAGCCGCUCGGACCCUAGCUGCGCCACGCAGGGUAGGCGACGCAGACGCUCCCGCGUGACGCACUUCCGGUGCUUGCCCUGCCCAUCCCCGCGGCGGGGGCGUGGCCAUGGCGGCGGCGCUCCGGCGGGGGCGGGCCCUGGGCUCCCGCCCUUGGGGUCCCACAGUUUCCAGCCGCCGCUCUCCUCAGUGCCCGGUGGCCCAGGAGGGCCUGGGAGCCCGAAGCCGUCCCCGAGUAGCUCCUAGGUCAUUGGCGCGAUGUGGGCCAUCCUCUCGGCUGAUGGUGCGUGCGGGCGCGGAUCUCCUCCCCUGGUCCUCCGCACCGUCCCCGAGUCGUUCUCCGCUCUGGCAGAACGCGAGCGCCGUCCCGUUCCCGCUCCCGCUGGCCCAGCAGCCCCGGGCCGGACUCGGCGUAGGGUCUGUACGGGAUGGACUGGGGCUGCGCGCGCAGCGCCGCCGCGGGGCCUCCUGGGAGUUGUGGUUCGGCCACCCGCGCCGGACUCCAGCUCCCGGCAGGCCUCGCGCGGCCCGGGGCCAGCGGCGCUGGGGUCGGCGCCGGGUUCGUCGUCCGGGCCGGGUGGGCUGCGGCGCGCGGCAGGCGCUCUGGCCUGGCCUGGCCGCCGCUGAGCAGCCGGGGCCGGUGGGUGGCCUCGAACGCCGGGACAGACCGACAGACGGACUGGCCGGCAGUCCCGCGCCCCCGAGCGGAGCGGGCGGGACGGAAACGUCCGGGCAAGUUGGGGUCGGCAGGGUUGGAAGCCCAGCGAGGCUAGAGGCCAGUCCCAAAGUCUCCAGGCCUCAGGGCUGCAGCCCAGGAGCCUCAAGGCGGCCCGGCGGGCGACUGGACAGCCGGACAGGCGUCCGGCACCCCAACAUCAUCUGCGACUGCUGCAAGAAGCACGGGCUGCGGGGGAUGCGCUGGAAGUGCCGCGUGUGCCUGGACUACGACCUCUGCACGCAGUGCUACAUGCACAACAAGCAUGAACUCGCCCACGCCUUCGACCGCUACGAGACCGCUCACUCGCGCCCUGUCACACUGAGUCCCCGCCAGGGCCUCCCGAGGAUCCCACUAAGGGGCAUCUUCCAGGGAGCGAAGGUGGUGCGAGGCCCCGACUGGGAGUGGGGCUCACAGGAUGGAGGGGAAGGGAAACCGGGCCGUGUGGUGGACAUCCGUGGCUGGGAUGUGGAGACAGGCCGGAGUGUGGCCAGCGUGACGUGGGCUGAUGGUACCACCAAUGUGUACCGUGUGGGCCACAAGGGCAAGGUGGACCUCAAGUGUGUGGGCGAGGCAGCGGGCGGCUUCUACUACAAGGACCACCUCCCAAGGCUCGGCAAGCCGGCGGAGCUGCAGCGCAGGGUGAGUGCUGACAGCCAGCCCUUCCAGCACGGGGACAAGGUCAAAUGUCUGCUGGACACUGAUGUCCUACGGGAGAUGCAGGAAGGCCACGGCGGCUGGAACCCCAGGAUGGCGGAGUUUAUCGGACAGACGGGCACCGUGCAUCGUAUCACGGACCGCGGGGACGUGCGCGUGCAGUUCAACCACGAGACACGCUGGACCUUCCACCCCGGGGCGCUCACCAAGGACACCAGGAAGGCAGGACAGCUUCAUGGGCGGGAGGGAGGCAGCUGGGCUAAGAUGCUCCUGCACCACUCCUUCUGGGUGGGCGACGUGGUCCGGGUCAUCGGCGACCUUGACACAGUGAAGCAGCUGCAGGCUGGGCAUGGCGAGUGGACGGACGACAUGGCCCCUGCCCUGGGCCGCGUCGGGAAGGUGGUGAAAGUGUUUGGAGACGGGAACCUGCGUGUAGCAGUCGCUGGUCAGCGGUGGACCUUCAGCCCCUCCUGCCUGGUGGCCUACCGGCCCGAGGAGGAUGCCAACCUGGACGUGGCCGAGCGCGCCCGGGAGAACAAAAGCUCACUGAGCGUGGCCCUGGACAAGCUUCGGGCCCAGAAGAGUGACCCAGAGCACCCGGGAAGGCUGGUGGUGGAGGUGGCGCUGGGUAACGCAGCCCGGGCUCUGGACCUGCUGCGGAGGCGCCCAGAGCAGGUGGACACCAAGAACCAAGGCAGGACCGCUCUGCAAGUGGCUGCCUACCUGGGCCAGGUGGAGUCGAUACGGCUGCUGCUACAAGCCAGGGCGGGCGUGGACCUGCCGGACGACGAGGGCAACACGGCGCUGCACUACGCGGCCCUGGGGAACCAGCCCGAGGCCGCCAGGGUGCUCAUGAGUGCUGGCUGCCGGGCGGACGCCAUCAACAGCACCCAGAGCACAGCACUGCACGUGGCCGUGCAGAGGGGCUUCCUGGAGGUGGUGCGGGCCCUGUGUGAGCGCGGCUGUGACGUCAACCUGCCCGAUGCCCACUCGGAUACGCCCCUGCACUCCGCCAUCUCGGCGGGCACUGGAGCCAGCGGCAUUGUCGAGGUCCUCACGGAGGUGCCAAACAUCGAUGUCACCGCCACCAACAGCCAGGGUUUCACCCUGCUGCACCACGCCUCCCUCAAGGGUCACGUGCUAGCUGUGAGAAAGAUUCUGGCUCGGGCGCGGCAGCUGGUGGACGCCAAGAAGGAGGACGGCUUCACGGCGCUGCACCUGGCCGCCCUCAACAACCACCGAGAGGUGGCCCAGAUCCUCAUCCGGGAGGGCCGCUGUGACGUGAAUGUGCGCAACCGGAAGCUGCAGUCCCCGCUGCAUCUAGCCGUGCAGCAGGCCCACGUGGGGCUGGUGCCGCUACUGGUGGACGCUGGGUGCAGUGUCAACGCCGAGGACGAGGAGGGGGACACAGCCCUGCACGUGGCACUGCAGCGUCAUCAGCUGCUGCCCCUGGUGGCUGAUGGGGCCGGGGGGGACCCAGGGCCCUUGCAGCUGCUGUCCAGGCUACAGGCCUUGGGCCUCCCCGGCAGCGCGGAGCUGACGGUGGGCGCGGCGGUCGCCUGCUUCCUGGCGCUGGAGGGCGCCGACGUGAGCUACAGCAACCACCGCGGUCGGAGCCCGCUGGACCUGGCCGCCGAGGGUCGCGUGCUCAAGGCCCUUCAGGGCUGCGCCCAGCGCUUCCGGGAGCGGCAGGCGGGCGGGGGCGCGGCCCCAGGCCCCAGGCAAACGCUCGGGACCCCCAACACCGUGACGAACCUGCACGUGGGCGCCGCGCUGGGGCCCGAGGCCGCUGAGUGCCUGGUGUGCUCCGAGCUGGCGCUGCUGGUGCUGUUCUCGCCGUGCCAGCACCGCACCGUGUGUGAGGAGUGCGCGCGCAGGAUGAAGAAGUGCAUCAGGUGCCAGGUGGUCGUCAGCAAGAAACUGCGCCCAGACGGCUCUGAGGUGGCGAGCGCCGCCCCCGCCCCCGGCCCGCCGCGCCAGCUGGUGGAGGAGCUGCAGAGCCGCUACCGGCAGAUGGAGGAACGCAUCACCUGCCCCAUCUGCAUCGACAGCCACAUCCGCCUCGUGUUCCAGUGCGGCCACGGCGCAUGCGCCCCCUGCGGCUCCGCGCUCAACGCCUGCCCCAUCUGCCGCCAGCCCAUCCGCGACCGCAUCCAGAUCUUCGUGUGAGCCGCGCCGUCCGCCACGCCGAGCUGCCUUCGCGUGCCCCCGCCCUGUGUUUUAUAAAAAGAUUCUCGGACGUUG